CAUUGUGCGUCGCCGGAAACCAAGGCCGCUGUAUCCAUGUAUGUAGUCCCUGACACGGGGCCCCCUCAAGCCAGGAGAGCCACAGUAAAGCCGUACCUAAGUUGCUAACUAAAAUCCUAUAGGGGGCGGCGGCUGAGAGGCGAGCCCUGCGUGCACUGUGCGGGGGAGGGGAGCGGCUUCAGGUCAGGAAGAGCAGUGAGCAGCUGUGUGCUGCUGACCGCCGCGUUUGGUUGUGAACUUGCGACCCGCCUGCCGGAUUGUGAGGACUGAGGAGCUCUGCUGUCUGCACACUGUGGAUACUGAGGUGUAAACCCCAAGUCACAGGACGAGGUAGCAGCAGGGACUGCCAGGAAUCUUCCAGCCGAAGUGGACCUCAUACUUUAGACUUGAGAAGCCAGGUGGACCACUGGUAAGAAAGUCCCUAGACAUCAACCACCUAAGAAGCCAGACCCCAGGAGAAUUGGAGUGAUACUAGAGUCCAGAUCCAGAGACACUACAGAGAUGGAUCUACAGAGGGAUGAAAAUAUCCAGAAGUUGGAGAACUGUAGAGAAGGGGUGGACCUCACCGACUGCUCAGAGGCUGAGAGCGAUAGCUCAGAGGACUCCUUAUUUGAGGCAGGAGACUGUCCCGAGGAUGAUGGUGAUUACGUCUGCUCCUUGUGUGGGAAGACAUUCAAGCACUUCUGCCACUUAAACAGACACAAGAGAAUCCACUCCAGACGGAGCGUCUACAGAUGCCUGGAAUGUUCUAAAACUUUCCGUGAUCAGAGAGAUCUGGACAUCCACCACAGAUCCCACACCGGUGAGAAGCCCUUCAAGUGUUCAGAGUGCGAGAAGACCUUUGUCAGCCAGUCCCACCUCGCAUCCCAUAGGAGAACCCACACGGGAGAGAAGCCCUACACCUGCCCCGUGUGUCAGAGGAGUUUUACCCACUUGUCCAGCUUAAAGAGGCAUGAAAAGAUCCACAUCGGGGACAAGCCUCACAAGUGCCCCGAGUGCUCAAAAGCGUACACCCAGAGAACCCACCUGAUGCGCCACCUGAGGAUCCACACGGGUGAGAGACCCUAUCAAUGUGACCAGUGCGGGAGAACGUUCACUAGGAAAUUCAAUCUGAAAUCGCACUCCAGAGUCCACACUAAGAAGAAGUCUAAGAAGGGAGACCAAGAGGACCCCGAGUCUUCUGGCAGCACGGACGAUUCUGAGGAUUGGUCAACAUGUGGCCCAAAAUGAGCGUAGAGCAGGUCCACCUUGAAUCAUCCACUUUUGUCAAAAAUGAUGUGGCAGCCAGGACCUGGGCUGCCUGCUUAUACUGUAAAAAAUUGCAUUAAUUGUGCAGCCUAGACAGAAGAUCGGUCUGGCUUGAUGGCGUCCAAGGUGCCUCAGGUGAACUUCACCUGGUUGCUAAGGACACACUGCCUAGCAACCAGUUUUUUCUAUAAGGUUGUCAGCCAGUUCGUAGUAACCAGUCCAUCUCGGAUUUAUAAGUCGUAACAGAACAAAAGACAGAAGAGGUUUGGGAGGCGGUUGUGUACCCUCAGUCCAGCGAUCUCAUUACAGGGACCCCUCACCUUUGACCUUUUUUGACAUUUCUAUAGGUCACCAUGUGCUUUAAACCCUUUAAGGCUGUGCUGGCUAACCUCCGUUACUCCAGCUGUGGUAAAACUACGGCUCCCAAGAUGUACACUUUCUUGGCUGUUCUCAGAACUCCAUAGAAAUGAAUGGAGCAUG